UACGGUGCGGGGCGCAGGACGGAGGGGCGGCUGUCAAAUCGAAUUACGGCCCGAGUUACGAUUCACGUUAAUUUCGCUCGGAAAGCUUUUGCCUGAAUUAAUUUACUCGCUAUUUCCAAUCUAAACUCGGGCGAACGACGCUCAAGCACGAAAAUAUUCAAGAGAAAUGAGAAAUAUUUCAUUCCAAAUUUCGAAGUCACAUAGUAACCUGCUAUUUUUGUUUGGUAGUCCAGUGCCACAGUAAAUAUUAUUCUUACGGUGUCUUGAAAUAUUAGUGCUGUGUUUUUUUUAUAUCCUCUCCCUAAACGAAGCAGUGAAGCGUGAAAACUGUUGCAGAAAUAUUGAAACAAGACUUUCGCAAUCCGUGAAUUUGUGUCAGUGCAUACGACCGCGCCAGUACCCAGUGCCCUAAAAUACAGUGCCAAAACUAAAUGUUAAUGUAAAUUGAUACCUUUUUUGAUGGACACGCACUAAAAAUGCGGUGUUGAUUUUAUUUUUUGUCCCAUUAUAACGUGAAGCCGUAUAAAUUUGUGUAUAUUGCACCAAAAUCAGACUCAAAUUGAGAAUGGCUGUGACAUUCCAUUUUCAAAAGACUGAACAGAUAAAAAAAUAGUUUGUUUUAUUUUUAAAUAUACAGUGUUUGAGGCAAAGGCUAAAUAUAAAGUUGUAUGUAUUUGGUAUAGAUGGCAGAUGAAACAGGAAUGUUGUGUCUCAAUCUCCAGCUAUGAGAAGGGUAUUUGGUGUCUGCUCUGAUGGGUGGCUCCUUUGUGGACAGAAUGUGAGCUGCUAGUGGCUGUCUUCUAUUUGUUGUCUGGCUCUCCCCACGGCUCGGUGAUGUCCUGCCAGUCGCUGGCGGCGCGCGCCUUCGCCGAGCCGGACAAGGACUCGCACUGCGCCCGGACCACCUUCCACAGAACGGUGCGGUUCAGCUCAGACUCCCGCAGCCAAACCACGAGGACGUCCAACGAAACAGAAUGCAAGCGCGAUACGCCAGGCUCGAUGUCGCUGAGCGCGCUGUCGGUGACGCCGAUGUCACAGGGCUCCGCCAUGAGCCAGUCGGCGCCCACCGCCUCCACCACGUUUGACAUCGACAUUGACUCGCCACCCCCUCCGGCCGCGUGCCGGUUCCCCAAGUUGGAGGAGUGCGCGCACUUCCACUACGAGCGGGUGUCGCUGGGGGGGCUGUGCGUGGAACUCGUCCCCUGCGACACCAGCGGAGAUUCGCCCUGCGAAGGUUGGGUGUGCCUAAAGGUGCGGUCACACGUAAACAGUGCGGAGGAGUCGUCUGAGUCGCGUGCGCUGAGCGCCAGCUGGACGGAGGCGAGCGAUGUGCGCGAGUGGACGCUUACCCGAAACAUGGACAACUUCCUGCAGUUGGACGAGAUGCUGCACAGAUGUAUAUACGAGAGGAAGGUGUCCGGCCUCCCGAACCUCAAGGAGUGCAUGACGCCGGAGCUGGUGAGCGACGAGGCGGAGUACCGGCAGCUGAUAGCCGACUACGUGCACCACCUGUCCAUCAUCGCGGACGACUCCAUCAACUGCGGCCCGGCGCUCAACUGGCUGCAGAUGGACAACAAAGGUCACAAACUGUUGGUCUCAAAUGAAGAUUCAAGCUCCAUCAACACGCCGGCCGUCGCCGCCGCAUACUCUGUCAGGAAAUAUGUAUCACAGGCGCGGGACGAAAUUAGUUUCGAAGUCGGCGACAUGAUAUCAAUCAUCGACAUGCCAGUGUUGUCGUUCUCGGCAGGCCCGCAGGAGUCGCUGUGGUGGCGCGGCAAGCGCGGCUUCCGCGUCGGCUUCUUCCCACACCACUGCGUCGCCGUCAUCGGGGACAAGGUGCCGCGCCACAUGACGCAGCCGCCGCCCAUCGUGGGGUCGGUGGCGGUGGCGCCGAUAAAGCCGGUGCUGCGCAAGCACGGCAAGCUGAUCUCGCUGUUCCGCAGCUUCAUCCUGUCGCGGCCGUCGCGCCGCAGCCUCAAGCAGCAGGGCAUCCUGCGCGAGCGCGUGUUCGGCUGCGACCUGGGCGAGCACCUGCUCAACUGCGGCCACGACGUGCCGCUGGUGCUGGUGGAGUGCUCGCGCGCCAUCGAGCGGCGCGGCGCGGUGGACGGCGUGUACCGACUGUCGGGCGGCGCGGCGCUCACGCAGCGGCUGCGCGCCGCCUUCGACGCGGGCCAGCCCGUCGACCUGCUGGCGCCGCUGCAGCGCGACCCGCACGCGCUCGCCAGCCUGCUCAAGAUGUACUUCCGCGAGCUGCCCAACCCGCUGUGCACGUACCAGCUGUACGACGGGUUCGUGUCGGCCGUGCAGGCGCCCGAGGACUGCCGCCUGCGCGCCAUGCGCGACACCGUCGUCAAGCUGCCGCCGCCGCACUACAGAACGUUAGCAUACCUAAUGCGUCACCUGCGCAGAGUGUCACUGCUCAGCGAGUCGACCGGCAUGACCGCGCGGAACAUGGCCAUCGUGUGGGCGCCCAACCUGCUGCGCUCGCCCAAGCCGCAGCACGCGCUGCAGGGGGUCGCUGUGCAGGCGGUGGUGACGGAGUUCCUGAUCUGCUACGCGGAGGAGUUGUUCGCGCAGGAGCAGGGCGCGGACUCGGGCCCGCAGUCGCUGGAACAGGACCAAUACGACUCUCACGUGGAACUGAGAGGGUUAGAAGCCGGAAGGAGGCCGAAAAGUUUGCCUAUGCACCCACCUACUAAAUUAUUAAGCUUAGAGGAGGCCCGCCGGCGCGGCAAGUCCAUCAUCUGCGAGACGGCGCCGCCCGCGCCCGGCGCCUCGGGCGCCAUCGCCGCCGCCGCCAGCGAGACCCUGCGCCCCGCCUCGCACCUCAAGCCAAAGUACAUCGAGGUGGGGUCCGGUCCCAACAACCUGCCGCAGUACCACACUGUGUUGGAACUACCAGUUGCAGGGUCGAAGCGAGCGCUGAAGCGGUCCCCGUCGGGCUGGCGCGGGCUGUUCAGUCGCAGCAAGCUGCAGCGAGCGCCCGCGCGCCCGCCCGACACGCCGCCGCAGCAGGAGGUGGUGGCGUGCGCGGCCGGCCUGCGCCCCGCCAAGUCGUGCGAAUCGCUGACGUCAGAGACGGACGCGCUGCCGCCGCUCGCCGCCGCCGCCGCACAGCCCAGCAAGCACCACACCAGGUCGUCGUCGUGCGACUCGUACUUCGAGCCGUGGCAGGCGGAGCUGGCGGGCAUGCGGCUGCGCCUGUCGCCGCAGGAGCGCGACCACAACAUGUUCAGCGAGGAGGACGACACGGCCGUGCACCUGCACAACGCACAGGACGACUCGCUGUGCUCGUCGCCGCCGGAGUCGGGCGCCGCCAGCGCCGCGCCCUCCCCGCGCCGCCCGCCGCGCCCCGACACCGACCUCGCGGAGAGGAAGCGCGUGGCGCUGGAGCAGCUGGAGGCGCAGGUGGCGCAGCUGGGCUACAUCGACGGCGACCCCGACACCGCGCUGCCCGACAAGCGCCCUGCCGCGCCCAAGCGACUAUGCAAAGACCGCGACAGUCCUCUGUCCUCGACUACGGAUUUCCAAACGUCUCUAGCGAACGUCAAACUGAGAGAGCGCCACUCACCGCGAAAACAGAAAGGCUCGGCCCGGUACAGCGGCAUGCAUCACCCGGUUCUGAGCGACCCGGACAAGUCCGUCACGAGGCUCACUUGGCACGGCAAAGACGGACAUUCCACGCUCAUAAAAAUCGACUGGCCAGCAGAGAACUCCUCUAUAAGCAAUUUGACUACUAGCACUUUGAAUUCUAGUCCCGUCACUCCUUUGACGCCGAUUUACGAUCCUCUGGAAAGCGACUCCGAAGUGAGCGACAACAAGCACACGAUCACCAUCAAGAGCAACGAUUGCGAGACUUGUGAUGAGGAAAAAUGUCUCAAAUGCGAACUGAAAGCGACAGACUACGAAAACAUCAAAGACAUGUCGCGACAGUACUCGGAACAGAAUCUACACGACAGCCUCGAAGCCAGCCCCUUGCAUUCCACAGACAUAAGUUACCAGAACCUCAACAGGCUGUCGGCGGUGUCUACGUCGUCCAAUUCCGAUCAGAACUCGCACAAGAAAGAGAGUGACGCCAUGAAAAUCAUGACCUCGUCUCACGAAAGUUCGUCCAGUUAUUCCAAUGUCAGUUUUAAACAGGACGAGCUGUACGAGUGCUACAACUUUUCAAGGCCGAAUUAUAUUAAUUUAUCUUCUAGCACGUCUAAAAGUUCCCCCGGCAGUCCGUUGAAGAGCCCGCUAAAGUCUACUAUUAGUAUAACAUUCCGUUCACCAGUUAAAGUUAAAACAGAUGAUUAUGAACCGAUAGGAAAUAUGGAAACGCCAACGAACGAAAGAGAUUCCGUAUACGAGGAUAUAGAUCUUGAGAAGAAUUUGUCUAUAGUCGAGGAAGCUACGGUACCUCAAACAGAUGCGAGCCUGCCAACGCAGCAAGCUUGCCAACCCGACGAUUUCGACCAAGAUCUGAUCAUUCUGGAAACUCCCACUGAAUCUACCGCAGAAGAUAACAUAGAUGUGUACAGUCAAGUGAAGUUCUUUAGAAAAAGUAUACAGGAAGUGAACGCCAUGAUAUUAGAAUCUCCGGAGAAAGAGCCGUGUUCGGUGUAUGAAAAUGUAGAGUUUGAAGAAACGAUACAGCGCGAUUACGAAAAUAUAAACGUUGAUACUCUCAAAAUCUGUGAUAAAGUAGAAAUAAGUAGUGUUAAAAAGGAUGAAAGUUUGGAAAAAGAGAACGGCAACGUUAUAAAACCGACAGUUACAACUAAGAAUUUGAAUGUCAGAGAACUGGCGAUUCGCUUCGAAAGUCCGACGGAACAAAAGGGUCCGUUUAACUUCGACAAAUAUAAGACUGAAGUUAAAUAUCCUACUCUCGAAAGGAAAGAGGAGAAACUCGAAAAGAAAAAAGACACAAAACCGCCACCGAUUUCCCCAAAAACGUACAAACUAUCCAAGAAUUCCAAUGCAAGAUCUCUCGAUGAGAACGCGUUCGUAAAAGAGUUUGGCAAUGAAAAGGAUAGAAGAAGAAGUUUAGAAGUCAAGGACGUAAAGCGUCAGGCCAAAUAUUUACCCGAUUUAAACUUAAACAUGGAGGAGCCGGAGACCAAAUUGGAGAGUAUAACGCCUACAACUGAAAACAAACUAUCCCUAAUACAAAGAUUCGACGUUAAAAAGCCCACCGAUUUGAAAAACCUAAUCGGCUUCGACACAGAAAAAAAAUUAAGCAGAGAACGAAUAGAGAAAUAUAAAGAAGAGAGGCGUAAUUUUUUAAGGGAAAAAUAUAGUUCGCAGUCCUUUAGAAGUAAUCCCGAACAAUUAACUCGAAUCAAGCUAAAGAAGGAUGAGAAAGAGUGCGAGAGAUUAAAAGAAGAAUUGCCAAAGUUUGAGAGGAGAAACACGGUGGACUUGGGUCAGAGAAUGAGGUUCUCCUUGGCUAGAAGCGCCAACAACUUGGACACGAUUCCAUCUCCUAUUAGCCCUGCAGACGAGUUGCCCAGGAAUGGGGACGCCGAUGAUAUUAAUCGAGAAGAGAGGCGAGAGAAAGUGUCACCGUCAUACAACAUACGCGACAUGGCCGCCAUGUUCGAACAGAAAUCACAAGGCAACGGCUGACCCUCGCCUCGUUAUAACGAAUAACCGUUAUAACGAGCAACCGGUUAUAACGUGCAAUAACGUUAUUAUACUUCAUCACUGUAACGAGUUUACGUCGAUAACUGCUUACUGUCACUGUUUCUAGAAUUAAUACAUAAUUUGUAUGGCGACGCUUUUGCAUUGUUUAAAAAAAAUUAAUGAUUUAUUUUUGAUUUGAUUUAUUUUGCUAUUAUCUGCGUAACACAGAUUUUGUGAAAAAUAGGAAAAUAUAUAAAAUGAUGCAUUUGAGGGGCAACAUUGUUAGCUGCAUAUCAUAGAAUCAUUCUUUUUUAUAUAUACUUAAACUAUGACUCUCUAUCUCAGUGCUGAAUAUCAUAAAGAUUUUUCGAACAAUACCGAUUCAUUUAGUUUUAAAAAAUACACGAACAUACUGACGCAUUUAUUGUAUUGUAGUAUAAAUAAAGAAGUAAAGUGUGCAGUGAGCAAGUAUACAAGAGAUAUGCAUGUCAAACUUUGUUAGAAAAGUCGUACUAAUUACACAUUACACAUUAAAUGAAAAACGAAAUGUUUUGCUUUACAGAAAAGGAGAACUUUUUUUUUAUUUUUUUAACUUCGGGAUAAUGUAUUACUUAUAAUUUAUUUAUUAUUUUCAGUAUAUCAUUUCAGUUUUAGUUUUGUUAACAGUGACAGUAACCGUUAUACCGAUAAUGGACACUACUUUUUAAUUUUUGUAAAAGUCGUAACGCGUUUAUCGUUAUACCGUUACGAAUGUGGAUAAUAUUUGUAACGCUUUAAAUUAUUUAAUAAACUGUUAUUUUAGAUUAACUGUGGAUAGUUGGUGUUGCAAUAUGCUUUAUAUUAGUUUGCGCAUAACAAAAUGAACACAAUAAAUGUUUUUAACCUAAAACUGGAUUAUAUUAAGAAACAGUAUCAAUGUAACGAAAUCCCAAAUGACAAUGCCCAUACAUUGUUGUCAGGUUAGACAACCAUAUAUUUUUUUAAUAAAUGGCUGUCUAAUAGUAAAUUUUAAACUGUUUUUUUUUGUAUAUAACAAAAAUAACUAAAUUGAAAUACUUUUUCUUAAAAACAAUAUUUCUUAACGUGCCAUCUUACAAUUAUUAGCAACAUUUUUGGCAAUAUUUUUUUUUAAUUAUUCUAUCUUAUAUGAUCAUGCUUAAAUGGUUAGUGGUUAUUUUAAUAUAAACCAUAUUGCAAUUAACGCCUAAACUAGGUAUUGUAUCCAAAACGUAGAUAACAUAAGUUUGAGGAGCGCUGCAUUUCGUGUGUUAUUAAAGUUAGAGAAGUUAUGUGCGGGUUGUAUUGUAUUACAUUUUGUUAAUGUAACUUGUUAUUUUAAUCUUUAUUUCUUUAUUAUUGCGGUUGUGGGGUAUUUGAUUUUGGUGAUUUUCGAAAAUUAAAAACACUGACGUCAUAAUCCUUAAAGUCUCUCACACACUAGCGUUUAUUUAGCUUUUAACGUGGAGGAACGCUAGUGUGCGAUGGUUCUAAUAUUAUGCCAGUAAGGUAAGAUCAUGUUAUUAUUCCAUAUAAACAUCCAAUUCGCGGAUUUUUUCCAAGAAAUCUUUUUUACUUGUUUUACAUUUUAAUGAAAGUACUGAGGCCUUAAAAAGUAUUAUUACAAACAAAUACCCUUUUUUUGUAUAAAAUUGUGGAUGGAUGCUUCGAAAAUUAUAUUUUUUUUAUUAGUCGCAAAACGUAUGAUUAGUGUGUAAGCGCCGGUCGCGAGACAUGAGACUGCGACGUUGUGUCUUGAGUGUGUAACUGUUAAGGCACUGCGACAAAAAAAUCGUUUUUUAAAGUUGAAUUCAUUUAAUUUGUUCAAUUAGAGUCAUACAUUACUGACUCGGUUUCAAAUCAUCGCCUAAUUUUAUAUCUAAUAUCAAAGGGUAUUCAAAUAUCUGACAAUUUUCUAUGCGCACUUUUGUUUUUUUUUUUUUAUUAGUGAUCACUCAUAUUUAAAUCAAAAAUUGAGAAUAAAAUGUGCAGCAAUUGUUCCAAAGCAUCACGGUCAACUUGAAAAAUAAUAAAAAUGAUAAAAAAAACUUGUUAUGCAAAAUAACUCCUCACUAAACGUUUCAAUGGAGAUUUAUUACAAUAGAAUGCCGGAUAAGACGAGAGAGAGUAUGAGAAAAUUCAAUUUUCAUAAUUCUCUCACAAUCACAUAAGUUCUACAUUUGUCGCAGUGUUUUACUGUGUAUGUAAUUAGAACUUUUAUUUAUUUUGUAAAAAAAAAAUUAAGUUUUUAAAAAUUUAUCCAAAUCUGUAGUCGUAGUGUCAACUUACUAAUUUGAUAGACAAAUUAAUUUCAAACAUUUAAAUAAAAUGAAAAUUGCCAUAAUCUUGGUUUUACAUUUCUAAUGUAACUGUAGUAUUGAUACAGAUUUAAAAAAACUAUAUACGGUUCUUGGCCUCAGACUAAUUACAUAAUUUUACGGAGCUCUUUUACCGAAUAGUUUUUAAAAUCGCAUUAGAUCGUUGAUCAUAUAGUUUGACAGAAAAGUAACGCCUAGCGAGGCAGAUUCUUAUGUAAUAAGUCUGAGUUCUUGGCUGCGUAAUUGAGAGACGUUCCUCAAAUUACUUUGUACUAAAAAAACGUUUUUGUAAAAAAAGAAACUCAUUAAAAGGUUCUGUUUUACAUACACAGAUAACAAGAUAAUGUUGUAAUGCGGAUUGUAAUCGUUGUUGUUACGUUAUUUUUAUUUAUUUAUAUAUUAUUGUACAUAUUAUACUACUACUACUACUUGAAUUUACACAUUGUCCAGGAAUAGUACGCCAAAAAGCCGUCUUUAAUUUUUUUGUAUGCAUACUGUGCAUACCAUAGACAUUUUUUUUUUGGUGUUUUAAAAAAGAAAUUGUCAGUGCGCAUUAAAUAAAUGUACAUUUCUGGACGCUCCAUCACAAUUAAUCAACACGAUCUUAAAGUAUUAAUGAAGAUUGUGCUUUGUUUUUUUUUUGUUUUCUUUUAUUUUCUUAUUGAGUUGUGAAAAUACGAGCGGUUUGAAUGAAUCUCGUUAUUAACUCGUAAUACUGUUUGGGUUAGUAAAUAAAGUCCGAAAAAAAAUCGAAAUCGGUGCGGGAGGUAUCUUGACAAAAAUAAUAAAUCUGCAGCAAAAAAUAUGUGUCUGGUCCAUGGACUACUAAACUAAAAUGUAGACUCAUUGUCAUUUUAACCUUUUUUUUUAUAAACUGGUUUUACGGCUCGAACUUCUAGCCCUUUUGAGCCUAUUCAUAUUUGUAGUGUCAAUAAAGUGCAUAGCUCACUGCUGAUGACUGGUAAAAGACUACGACGUUAAAAUCGGUUUAAAUUGCGAAAAAAAUCGUUUCAUCAUAUUUGGGAACCGGGCAUUAUGUACAAAUUAAAGUUCAUAUUUGCUUAAAGAUUAUGCUCUUUGCUGGUGGGUAUUUACGAGAAAAAGCCUUAAAAUAUAUACUUUUAAUAAAUCUGUUGCUGAUUUUAAACUCUUAACUAAAAUUAAGCAGACAAUAAAAUUAUGAAUUGAUAAAAUUUAAUCUCUUGUUAAUAAUAAUCUCAUUUUUCGACUCUCAUAGAAUAUUGAUAAACUAAAAGGUAAAAUAUUUCGAUAUUCUUGUAUAAAUAACUAUUAUUAGACUACUUUCUUGAAAUUUUUUCAUAAAUAAUAUACAAUUACAUUUUACUGAAAACCUAUGGAAAUUGUGAAAUGAUCUUCAGUAACGUCAUUUUGUAACUGAGAAAAAGUUUUUGAAGGUAGGCAGGCAAAAUAAUUAAAUUCUGAGUGUAGGAAAAACUGUUUUGUAUAUAUGAAGAACCACUAACCAAGCUAAUUUUGUAGUGAACCUAUGUCAAAUAGUGCAGGAUCCGGGGAGCAUUAUUGCAAUCGAUUACUAUCAAAUUUUUUUUUGACCUCAAGUAUAAAGUUCUGUAUACAAGUUGGGGCAGGGGAGUUCAUCAAAAAGUAAACUAACUGUUUUGUUUACUGUUGCUUAAUUAAUAUUUAUACAAUAUGUCUUGUUCCUACGCUCAGAAAUGUUUAUUACCCAGUAACCCAGUUAGCUACCAGAAUCAAGAAUUUUCGUUAAUAUAAAAGUUGAACGUCUCAUCAAGAUGAAGCUAUUCACGGAAAAUUUGCUUGAUAGUAAGCAAUUGUAAAAAUGCACCACAGAUCCUGGACUAAAACCAACAUGAGGUGAAAUAAUAUAAUGAAACAUUUGACUAAUUAACAACCACUACAAUCAUACUACUGUGAAAUCUCACAGUGCUGGUGAUGUCACAGUAAUGGUAAUGUCACAGUGCUGGUGAUGUCACAGUAAUGGUAAUGUCACAGUGCUGGUGAUGUCACAGUAAGGGUAAUGUCACAGUGCUGGUGAUGCCACAGUAAUGUUAAUGUCACAGUGCUGGUGAUGUCACAGUGCUGGUGAUGUCACAGUAAUGGUAAUGUCACAGUGCUGGUGAUGUCACAGUAAGGGUAAUGUCACAGUGCUGGUGAUGCCACAGUAAUGUUAAUGUCACAGUGCUGGUGAUGUCACAAAAUUAUUACAAUGCUGUAAGAAUUCAAAAUAAAUAUCUGAAUAGAUAGUGAUAAUUUCAUCAAUUGUAACAGACUGUAAAUCUGCCAAAUAAAUAAAUACUGUAUACUUAUUCCAUUUUGUAAAAAAUACUUCUAUACACACCGAAAUAUAAUUCAUGUUAAAGAAAAUUACUUUAAAUUGAUUAUGAACUCAUCUCUAGGCACUAAAUUGACAGGUGUAAAAUAAAUGAUAAGUGCACAAUGUGCAGUGAUGAAAAAAAAACACGUUUGAGUAGUUUAGGACUGUCAAUUUAGUGCAGAGAUUUUAAUACAACUGUAAAAGUGCCUGUUAAAAAUAGUUUGCUUUGGGUUUAUGUUCUUUUUACUGAAGCUUCAAAUUAUGAAUACCUCAAUAUUCAUGUUUUUAUAUUACGGUGGACUUAGAAACAUAAAUAAGGUUCUAUAGAUUGUAUCCAGUUUCAAAACAUUAAGGAAUAUAAUAAGGCUAUAUUGUAAAAUAUGUGAAAAAACUUUCAUCGCUACAAGACUGCGUUUGGACUGUUUGACAUGUCGAGUUGAGUUGAGUCACAAAUGCAAAUUAUUGUAAUUAAAUAUACCUCUAAUUUGAUGUUUGCAUUUACCGAUUUUAUACAUUAAUAAUUUUACAGGACAAUUGCUUAUAACAUUAGUUAAAUUGCAUUUUACUGCUAGUAGAUAGAUGUAGAUAGAUGGACUACUUACUGUGUAGGUAGUAAGAAAGGUGAACAAUUAGGUUUUUCUUUAUGACACAAGUAAUAAGUUAAUGUCUAUACUCAUGCUCAUACAUUGUUUUAUUCAUUUUCAUACAUACAUACAUACAUUGUUUCCAUUGACGCUCUCUAUUUCGUAUAAGAUAGAUUAGGAUUUAAGUUUUGGUUUUUGAUAAAAUUUUCUUAAAAAGUUAUUUUCUAUACAUAAACAGUAGAGUUCUGGACUGUCUGUGGAGUGACGUGCCUAUGGUUAAUUUGUUGAUUGAUUAUCUGUAUUUUCAUUUAUUUUUUAAAGACUGUGAAACGUCUUUAACGAAAAUUAACAGGUCUAACAAGGUUACAAUUUCUUAGAUUACCCACCAUUAAUUACUGAUAAUAAAGACCAAAAAACUCGUCUAAAUGCAGUCGCAAGUAGUAAUGUUAAAUAAAACUGAGCUUUAAGCGUCUCCCCGGGAGCUUGCUGUAUUUAAUUAAGCGUAAAUAAAUAAAAUAAAGUGUAAUUUAUUGUAUUGUACGAUGUGUAACGAGUAACAAAUUCUACCGGCUUGUAACUUAGAUUAGACGAUGGAAAAUUGAUUAUACACAAUAAAAAGGUAUUACUGAA